AUGGAUGAACAGGAGUUUGUGUCGUUGCUGCAGGCCCUCACCCAGCCCGACACCAACACCAUCAAGCAGGCUACGAGUCAGCUCAACAAGAAAUAUUACACCUCGCCAUCAUCACUCGUAGCUCUCAUCCACAUCAUCACGUCGGAACAGGCUGCAGACCUUCGACAACUUGCGGCUGUCGAGGCGAGGAAGCUUGUGCCCAAGCAUUGGGAGAAGGUGGACGAUGCUCAGAAGCAGCAGCUCCGCAAUACUCUGCUCGAGUCCACCAUCAACGAGGAGCGACAACUACCCCGACACAGCAAGGCCCGUGUGAUAGCUGCCCUCGCCAAGAUCGAUCUGGAAGAUGGCCAGUGGGGUGAGCUUCCGGGCAUUCUCCAGAAUGCUGCCACCAGCCAGAACGUGCGGCACCGCGAGGUCGGCAUCUACAUCAUCUUCACCCUGCUGGAGACCAUGCCAGAUAUGUUCCAGGAGAACAUGGCACAGAUGCUGACCCUCUUCAACCGCACCAUCCAAGACCCGGAGUCUGUCGAGGUCCGCAUCAACACCAUGCUGGCACUCUCCGAGCUUGCCAUGGUUCUCGACACCGACGAGGAUACCAAGAGCUUGAAGAGCUUUCAGACUACCAUCCCGCACAUGAUCAAGAUCUUGCAAGGCUGCAUCGAAUCGGAGGAUGAGGAGCACACCAUGCAGGCCUUUGACGUGUUCAACAAGCUGCUGAGCUACGAGAGUGCUUUCUUGAGCAUGCACUUUGGUGACCUCAUUGCCUUCUUCAUGCAAGUUGCUGCCAACACCAACAUUGACGACGAUGUCCGCAGCCAGGCCUUUAGCUUCCUUAUGCAGUCCGUGAGAUACCGUAAGCUCAAGGUUCAGAGUCUGAAGAAGGGUGAGGAUAUGACGAAGAUGUGUUUGCAGGUCGCAACUGAGCUGGACGAGCUGCCUUCUGAUGAGGACGAGAUCUCGCCUGCACGAUCUGCUCUCGGCCUGCUCGACAUCCUAAGUGAGAGUCUACCACCUAGUCAAGUCGCUGUACCACUCCUCCAGGCCAUUGGACCAUAUGUUCAGAGUCAGGACCCGAGUCACCGACGUGCUGGUAUCCUUGCUCUUGGCAUGUGUGUUGAGGGCGCACCCGACUUCAUCGCCACUCAGCUGGCCGAAAUCCUACCCCUUGUUCUCCACCUACUCGAGGACCCUGCCACGAGUGUUCGAAGCGCAGCUCUCAAUGGCGUUGCACGAUUGGCUGACGAUCUUGCGGAGAACAUGGGCAAAGAGCAUGCACGUCUGAUACCGGCUUUGGUAAAGAACUUCGACAUGGCUCUGCAGGGCAUGCAGAGCUCCCAGGCAGAGUCGAAAGAGCAUGAGUUGAAUGUACACAUCUUGAAGGCAUCGUGUAUGGCCGUCGACUCCCUCAUCGAAGGCUUCGAUUCUGAGGAUGCCGCCAAAUACGUCAACGAGCUCGUACCACGAUUCGCACGACUGUUUGGCCACGAUGACCACAAGGUGCAGAUGGCCGCAGUCAGUGCCGUGGGUGCCAUCGCCAGUGCCUCAGAGUCUGCGUUCGAGCCUUACUUCAAGCCGACUAUGCAGAGCCUUGGCCAGUAUAUCAGCAUCAAGGACAGUGAAUCGGAGCUUGAGCUCAGAAGCAUUGUCAUUGACUCAUUAGGCAAGAUCGCGAGUGCGGUGGGUGCCGAGGCUUUCCAGCCUUUUGUUCAACCACUCAUGCAGAGCUCUGAGGAAGGUCUGAGGUUAGACAAUCAGCGACUGAAGGAGACGAGUUAUAUCCUGUGGUCUACGCUCGCAAGAGUAUACGAAGAGGAUUUCGACCCAUUUCUGCAAGGUGUGGUCAAGGCACUUAUGGAUUGCCUUGAGCAAGAGGAGACCGAUGCUGAGGUGAACCUUGGCGAGGAGGCUUCCGAUCUGAUCGGCCAGGAAGUCACGAUUGCAGGCAAGAAGAUCAAGGUCGCUGGCGCCAACGGCAAGAACGAGGACGAUGACGACGAUGAUGCUCUUGUGCGAGCACUGAUGGAGGGUGCCGAGGAUGAUGAUGACGACUGGGACGAUCUCGGUGCCGUCACUGCUGUCGCUAUGGAGAAGGAGAUUGCUGCCGAAGUGCUCGGUGACGUCUUGACUCAUAGCAAAGGCAAAUACCUCCCUUACAUGCAGAAGACAAUCGAAGUCGUGCUACCUCUCCUGGACCACUCAUACGACGGCGUACGCAAGAGCGCGGUGGGCACUACCUGGCGCGCGUAUGCAUGUCUAUGGGGGUUGGCCGAGGACAAUGGCAUGCAGAAAUGGCAGGCAGGUCUCCCGCUCAAGGUCAAGCCUACUGCGGAUCUCGAGAAACUUGGCGAUUUGAUCAUGAAGGGCACGUUGGCCUUGUGGGAGGAGGAGGUUGAUCGCGCUACUGUAACCGAGAUCAAUCGCAACCUCGCCGCCACCCUUAAGCUGUGUGGUCCGGCAGUGCUUGCUCCAUCCGACACAUCCGGCCAGUCUACGCCUCUCCAGCAGACGACCGCGAUACUACUCUUGCUACUGCAAAAGCAACAUCCAUGCCAGAAAGACGAUGACGACUUUGACGAAGGCGAGGUCCUGGCUGAGGAGUCAGCCGAGUACGACUGGCUCGUCGUCGAGACGGCCAUGGAAGUCAUCACCGCGCUCUCCUCCUGCCUCGGCGAGCAAUUCGCCCAAAUGUGGAAGAUCUUCGAGACUCCCAUCCUCAAGUACACCUCCAGCCAAGAACGCUUCGAGCGUUCUGCUGCUGUCGGCACGAUCGGCGAAUGUGUCGAAGGGAUGGGUGGCGCGUGUACCCCAUACACAGCCAAACUUAUGAAGAACUUCCUUAAGCGCUUGGGUGACGAGGACCCGGAGACGAAGAGCAACGCCGCUUUCGCCACUGGAAUGCUCUGCCUACACAGCACAGACGCGAAAGAAGUCCUAGGAAACUACAACACCAUCCUCGCCACCCUCGAACCCCUCCUCUCCCGCCGCACAACCACCACCCCCUCCGAAAACGAAGCCCGCCUCCUCGACAACGCCGCGGGCUGCGUAUCCCGCAUGAUCAAGAAGGCUCCUCAAAGUGUACCCUUGCAGGACGUCCUACCGCGUCUCGUCGAGCUUUUGCCGCUGAAGGAGGAUUUUAGGGAGAAUGAGCCAGUGUUUGAGAUGAUCAUUGCGCUUUAUCAGCAGGAGAAUGAAGUCAUCCGCGGUUUGACUGGCGAGUUGAUGCCUGUGUUUGAGAAAAUCUUGGGGCCGCCGGAGGAGCAGUUGAGUGAGGGGUUGAGGGGCAAGGUGGGGGAGUUGGUGGGUUACUUACGUCGGUGA